AUGGCGGGGGCGGCGGCGCGGCAGUUGCCUCUGGUGGUGGUCCUGGGGGCGACGGGCACCGGCAAGUCCCGGCUGGCGCUGCAGCUCGGGCUCCGGCUGGGCGGCGAGAUCAUCAGCGCGGACUCCAUGCAGGUAUAUCAAGGACUGGACAUAAUCACCAACAAAGCUUCCACAGAAGAGCAGGCGCUGUGCAAGCAUCACAUGAUCAGUUUUGUGGACCCCUUGGUGACAAACUACACCGUGGUGGACUUCCGGAACAAGGCCACGGCCCUCAUCGAAGACCUCUUUGCCUGCAAGAAGAUCCCAAUCGUGGUUGGGGGGACCAACUAUUAUAUCGAAUCUUUGCUCUGGAAGGUCCUGAUUGACCCAAAGAAGAAGACGGGGACUCCGGGUCCAGCAGGGGGAGUGGCCGACCGGAAAGCUGAGCUGGAGAAGUUAGAUGGCCAAGAGCUCCAUCGCCGCCUGAAACAGGUGGACCCUGAGAUGGCGAGCAGACUGCACCCCCACGAUAAGCGCAAGGUGGCCAGGAGUUUACAAGUGUACGAGGAAACGGGCGUCACCCACAGCGAGUUGCUGCAGAUGCAGCAGGGGGAGGAAGGCGGUGGCCCGUUGGGGGGCCCCCUGAAGUAUCCCAACCUGUGCAUUUUAUGGCUUUACACAGAACAGGCAGUGCUGGAGGAGAGGCUCGACGCGCGUGUGGAUGCCAUGCUGGCGGCCGGGCUGCUGGAGGAACUGCGAGACUUCCACCGGCGAUACAACCAAGAGAAGGUAGCAGAAAGCUGCCAGGAUUAUCAGCAUGGUAUAUUCCAGUCCAUUGGGUUCAAGGAAUUUCACGAAUUCCUGAUCACAGAAGGCAAAUGCCCAGCAGAGCAGGGUGAAGAGCUCUUAGACAAAGGAAUUGAGGCCCUGAAGUUGGUGACCAAGCGAUAUGCCCGCAAACAGAACAAAUGGGUCAAGAACCGCUUCUUAAGACGACCCGGACCCAACGCUCCCCUCGUGUAUGGCUUGGAAGUCUCCGACCUCUCUCAGUGGGAGGAGAAAGUGCUGGAACCGGCCGUCCAGAUUGUGGACAGCUUUCUCCAGGGGCAGCAGCCUCCAGUAGAGCCCAUCAGGAUGGAGCCGGACUCCGGAGAGAACAAGCGGAGAGGCCAUGAGUGUGUGGUAUGCAACAGAGUCAUCAUUGGGGACCGAGAAUGGCAAGCUCACCUAAAAUCCAAGUCCCACCUUUUCCAUCUGAGGAAGUCACGAAAGUUGCACUCAGAUCCCCAUUCAGCAAAGUGCCGGAGCAGCGACACAGAGGCUACCAGAACAUGCACAGAAGCAUCGGCGGAGAACUUGGAAACCUGCAGAACGUAG